AUGGCGGUGGUUUUGGGUGCUUUGGCAUCGUACGUGACCAACAUGCUCGCCCAGAUGGCAAGCGAAGACAUAGCCAUGAUGAUUGGGGUCUCUAGUGGGAUCGAUGAACUAGGCGCCAAGCUCAGGGAUCUCAAGAAUGUUCUUGCUGAUGCCGAUAGGAGGACCAUCACCGACGAGAGUGUGCGGGGGUGGGUGGAGGAACUGAAGCGUGCCAUGUACCAGGCCACCGACAUCAUCGACCUAUGCCAACUCAAGAUCAUGGAGCAAGGUCCAUCCACGGACACGGGGUGCCUUCACGCGCUUCUCUUUUGCAUCCGAAAUCCCUUGCAUGUCCACGAUAUCGGCACCCGCAUCAAGAACCUCAAUCAAAAGUUGGAUGACAUCUGCAAGUGGGGUGGCAGUUUCAAUUUCAUCAAGCUAGAAGCCUACCAGGAUCGGAAGACAACUGGAUCUCUUGCCACUGAUCGCAAAACAUAUUCAUUGAUGGAGCGGUCAGGCGCGGUUGGCGAAAAGAUCGAGGAGGACACACGGGCACUUGUGGAGGUGCUUACAAGGGAGGCCACAUGUGACAAGGGUGAUCACCUCAUGGUGGUCGGCAUUGUUGGUGUCGGCGGGAUUGGCAAGACCACCCUCAGCAAGAAGGUAUUCAAUGACGAGGCUAUGGAAGGCAAGUUCGCUAAGAAGAUAUGGCUUAGCAUCACAAGAGAUUUCAACGAUGUUGAAUUAUUGAGUACGGCCAUCACUGCAGCUGGUGGAGACUUGCCUGGAGUGGGUGGGGCUCGAGACAGGUCCCUACUUGUCGAUGCUCUCAUGAACGCCAUCAAGGACAAAAAAUUCUUUCUUGUACUUGAUGACAUGUGGGGUGUCAAUGAAUGGGACAAACUGUUGAUGACUCCUUUUAGCUAUGGCAGCCCCGGUAGUAGAGUUCUCAUCACCACAAGACAUGACACUGUUGCCCGAAGCAUGAAAGUUAUGUAUUGCCACCAUGUUGACAAAUUAGGUCCUAUAGAUGCAUGGUCAUUGCUCAAGAAGCAGGUACUCACAUCAGGAAAAAAUGAACCCGAGCUUGACAUGCUAAAAGAUAUUGGGUUGCAAAUUAUAGAAAAAUGUGAUGGUUUACCACUUGCGAUAAAAGUUAUGGGGGGACUCCUAUGCAAGAAGGAGAAAACACGACGUGAUUGGGAAGACGUCUUGAAUGAUGAUAUAUGGUCAGUAUCUCGAAUUCCAGAGGAGCUCAACUAUGCAAUAUAUCUUAGCUAUGAGGAUUUGUCCCCUUCCUUACAACAAUGCUUUCUACACUUCUCUCUUAAACCUAAAAAGACAAUACUAAGUGUUAAUGAAGUAGUGUCCAUGUGGAUUGGUGAAGGGUUGGUUAAUGGAGGCUCGGGUAUUCUAGAACUUGAAGGAAAAGGGUACUACAAUGAGCUAAUAUUAAGGAACCUUAUUGAGCCAGAUACAAACUAUCCUGGUCAACUUAUUGGAAAUAUGCAUGAUGUCAUUCGCUCAUUUGCUCAGUUUGUGGCUAGAGAUGAAGCAUUGGUAGCUCAGAGUGGAGUUAUUGCUAAAAACAAACUUAGAUCACAUAGUUUUCUUAGGUUGUCCAUAGAAACCAAAGGAGCUGAAUCGGAUGAAUUUGAAUGGAGAGACUUAACAGGGCAUAAAUUGUUGAGACUACUAAUGUUAUCUGGAAACUUCAAAAUGCAGCCCGGUGAUUCAUUGGUUACCUUCUCAAGCCUACGAACUCUAUUUAUAGAAUCCGCAAAUUUUGCAGCAUUGCUUGAAUCAGUGUGUCAGCUGAAGCACUUGAGGUAUUUGUCAUUAAGAAGUUGCACCGAUAUAUCUAGACUGCCAGAGAACAUCCACGAGAUGAAAUUCCUCCAACACAUUAACCUUGAAGGUUGUGGAGGCAUUGUAAAACUUCCAGAUAGCAUUGUUAAGCUACAGGGAUUGAGGUAUCUUUCAACUAAUGACACACAAGUAAAUAGUAUUCCCAGGGGUUUUCGUGCUCUAACAAAUUUGUGGGUACUAUUUGGAUUUCCAACAUAUAUGGAUGGUGAUUGGUGUAGUUUGGAAGAGUUGGGGCCUCUUUCUCAGCUUAAGGAGCUUGGAUUAAAGGGUCUAGAGAACGUACUGGAGGCCUCGUCCAUUGCAAAGGCUAGAGUAGGCGCAAAACAAUAUCUUACUGCACUUACCUUAGAAUGCAGCAGUAGAGUAGGAGAUGAUGGGUUGCUCAAAGCUGGAGUCUCUAACAAGGAACAAAAAACAAUUGAGGUGGUGUUUGAUGUGAUAUGCCCUCUGCCUUGCUUAGAGUAUCUUGACAUCAAAGGGUAUUUUGGGCGUCAACUCCCGGGAUGGAUGAUGUGGACAACAGCAGUACCACUCGAGAACUUGAGGACUCUAUGGAUGACAGACCUAUCUUGUUGCACCCAACUCCCUGAUGGACUGUGUCGACUCCCAUGUUUGGAGUUUUUACAAGUCAACCGCGCUCCAACAAUAAAACGUGUUGGUGAUGAAUUCCUGCAGCCCCGAAGUGAACAUCACCAUUAUUCAUCUCGGGCGAUGGUUGGCUUUCCAAAACUGCACACACUGAUUUUAAGUGGAAUGCUGGAAUGGGAGGAGUGGGGAUGGGAGGAGGAAGUUCAAGCUAUGCCCGCAUUGGAGGAGUUUUUCCUGAAAAACUGCAAGUUGGGGUACAUUCCUCCCGGUCUUGCCACCCAUGCAAGGGUUAUGAAAAAGUUAACCAUCGGUGGCGUCCAGUGCCUCCAGACGCUCAAGAACUUCACUUCCGUAAUUCACCUCGUCCUUUAUGACUUACCUGACCUGAUUAGGAUGUCUAAUUUUCCCAAAUUGCAAAAGCUCUGGAUCAACCAUUGCCCAAAACUUGAGUUACUACAAAAGAUGAAUGCGCUCCGGCGGUUCGUGCUAGUAGUUAACUACGAUGAGAAACAACUCCCGAUGUGCCUGCGGACUAUAAAACCAAGUCAUUUGUUGCUGGACUGCAGUCCAGAGGUACUCGCUUCCAUGGCUUUGGGAAAGCGUGGCCCCGAGUGGGAUAAGUUCCGUCAUAUCCAGCAUGUCGAGGCUUAUGCUGAUGAUGAAGGGAUUGAAAAGAGAUGGCAUCUAUUUUACUCGAGUAAACCAUACAUCAUGGAGACAAACAUCGAUAUGCAGGAGUGGUCGCACGGCGUGGCCGUCGCCCAAGCUAAAGCCGAAGCAAUGGAGAAGGAACGAGUUAUGGCCACCGCUCGUGCUGAUGCCAAAGCAAUGGCGGAGGCGCACGUCGUGCCCGCGGCACGGGAUGAAGCCACCGCUCGUGCCAAAGCCAGAACAAGGAAGAAGGAGCGUGAUGUGGCCGCGGAGGGGGGACACGCCAUGUUCACCAGGUUCACCGAACCCAACGUAGCGGAGAAGGCGUGCAAUGUGCCUUUUGCCAACGCCGAAGCAAGGCCGACACCUUCAAGGACCACAAUGUCGCCGCCGCGCCGCCGACCGACGUCUAAAGAUUCUUGCCUUCGUUAGCCAGUUAAACCAUGUAAAAAAGAUGUCGACAAGCAAUGUUGUACCGAGUGUGGUUUAGUUUAUACUAGGAAGCAU